UGAAUAAAGCUCAUGAAAAAUAUCUGAGACCCCAAAUUGCCUUAACCCAUUUUCUGUGUACAUAAAAUGCGUAAAACCCUUGUUUCUCCAAUUCCCUAACAAACCGGGAAGUGGAAACCCUUGAACUCCAAAUUUUAAAGCAUUUGAAGAAUUUCACUAACGAGAUGGAAAUUGAUUCCGAGUCGGAAAAACCAAGUGUUAAAACCCCAGAAGAAGGCGGUUCAAUGCAAAUGAAUUCCUCGGAAAAAAAGGGAGGCGAUGAUGAAAAAGAGCAGCUUGCUGGUAUUAUGGACAAGUUAAAUAUCGAGUCAUCUUCGUCCGGCUUCAAGAAAAAACCAGUAAUUAUCAUUGUUGUUGGAAUGGCAGGGAGUGGGAAAACGACGUUGCUUCAUAGGCUUGUUUGCCAUACUCAAGCUUCGAAUAUUAGGGGUUAUGUGAUGAAUCUUGACCCUGCUGUAAUGACCCUUCCAUUUGGUGCUAAUAUUGAUAUAAGAGAUACUGUUAAAUACAAGGAAGUUAUGAAGCAAUUCAAUCUUGGACCUAAUGGUGGAAUCCUUACAUCACUCAAUUUAUUUGCUACCAAAUUUGAUGAGGUUAUAUCGGUAAUUGAGAGGCGAGCAGAUCAACUCGACUAUGUUCUUGUGGAUACUCCCGGGCAGAUUGAGAUAUUUACUUGGUCUGCUUCAGGAGCUAUCAUUACAGAAGCAUUUGCUUCAACGUUUCCUACUGUUGUCACUUACGUAGUUGAUACACCUCGUUCAUCAAGUCCGGUUACCUUCAUGAGCAACAUGCUUUAUGCUUGUAGCAUACUUUACAAGACACGGUUGCCUCUUGUAUUAGCAUUCAACAAGGUUGAUGUUGCACAACAUCAGUUUGCUUUGGAGUGGAUGGAAGAUUUCGAGACAUUUCAAGCGGCAAUAAGUUCAGAUACUACGUACACAUCAACUCUAACUCAGAGCCUCUCGCUCUCUCUUGAUGAAUUUUACAAGAAUUUACGAUCGGUUGGAGUGUCUGCGAUUUCUGGUGCUGGAAUGAAUGAAUUCUUUAAAGCCAUUGAAGCCUGUGCCGAGGAAUACAUGGAAACUUACAAGGCUGAUCUGGACAAGAGACGAGCAGAAAAACAACGCCUAGAGGAAGAACGCCGGAAAGAGAGCAUGGAUAAGUUGAGGAGGGAUAUGGAACAAACGAGAGGCGAAACCGUUGUCUUGAGUACUGGUUUGAAAGACAAAGAUGGAAGAAGAAAUACAAUGAUGGAUCCUGAAGAUGAAGUGGAAGAACCAGAAGAUGAAGAUGAUUAUGACAGGUUCACCGACGAGGAUGAAGAUCUUAUCCGGGAGGAUGAAGAUGAAGAGAUUGCCAGGUUCUCCUUUUAGGAAUUGUUUAGCACCGGCAAGUCUAGCAUCUACGAUGAAAUUGAACUGGAUUUGUUGUGUCAGUAAAUUCUCUUUAAACUAAACUUCUUGGAUGACCUACCCCAAUCCAUGAUCUAUGCAUUAUUUUGGGUGAAAAUUGUAGGGUGCUUAAGAACAAAAUGUUUUUGGAUGAAAAUGUUUAUAUUUUUUGUUCA